AUGUCCCUGCGCAGCGGCCACGCAUUCACCUACUCAGACCACCUGCACCUCGCGCUGGGAUGGGGCGUCGGCCACGCCGCCUGCCACGCGCUGUUCUUCUUCGCGUCGCUGCUGCCCCUCACCACGGGUGACGGCUCGUACUACUCUGACAGCUGCCCGGGGAUGAGCCUGUUCCUGGUCACCGCCCUCAACAGCCUGGGUACCAGCGCCACGCUGGUCGCCGCCAUGGUGGUGGCACUGGACGGCUGGCGGCGGCGGGGCGCGGUCUGGAUGGCGUACGCGCCCGCGGUGCACCUGGCAUCGGCGCUGCUGACACUUGGCAGCUUCAAGCCCGGGGGCUGCAUGUUCGCUGUCCCAUCAGUGUUGGCCUUGGGAGGCGCCAACGCGCUGUACGCUGCACAGACGGCGUGGCGCGGCGCGCCCGUAGCGUCCGCGGCCACAGCUCCGGAGGGGACGGUGGCACUACCGAGGACGCCCGAGGCGCGGCGAGACUUGUGA